AUGUCUGACUUGACAACUUUGCGUAGUCAAAUCAAUCAAUGGACACUAGAUUAAGAUAAUAAAGUAUCAAUAAUGAUAAUACAUUAUCUUUCUUUAGACCUUCAUUAAAUUGGAUCAAAUGAGUACCAAUCUACUUACAAAAUUUGGAGCUGUGUCAUCAGAUAUCCGAUCAGUUCAACAUUCAGCUAACUCUAUCCAUGCACAAAUCAAUCAAGCCUUCAAUAAAUUUUUAACUCUGAGUGAUAGUCGCUUUACUGAAUAAGUAUAUUCUUUUAUAGAUUAUUCAAGAGAAUGGCUCCUCCAUAAGAAGCUCCUCCAAAAGCUACACCUCCAUAAACCAAAGAUGAUGGAUUAACAACAGCUCAAAAAUACACUAAAGCCUUAGGUGUAGCAUUACAAUCUCUUGAUUUACAAUAAAUGGCAUAAGAUGGUAUUCGAUUCUCCAUAUCUCUUAGAUGAUAUAUUUGAUGAUAGAGAUGAUAAAUCAAUCUCUGUCUUCUCUGCAGCUACAACUAGUGGCACUGUAAGCAAGUCUGUUAAGUUACCUGCUAUGUUUGGAACACCCUAAUUCAACAACAACAAAUUUAUUGGUUAAGCAUUCCAUACUAUUCUUAGGUCUUUUUGAUGACUUUGAUGAAGCUCCCAUCUAAGAACCAGUUCGUCAAUCUGCUCCUGCUCCCGCUUACAGAUAAUCUGAGGCUCAAUCUUAAUAAAUGCCUAUUGCAAAUUAGUAAUCUCAAUUGGUUCCACCAUAGAAUUAAUAACAAAUUAGAUAAUCAAUUAGAUAAGAUCAAUCUUAAAUCUCAUAUACAGGUGACAACAAUUAAUUCAUUACACGAACAAAUUCUGCUCUAGGCAAUUCAAUGAUGGAUUAACAAUUCGGAUUUACAGACCCUCAAUAGAAGGAAGCAUUUAACCUAGCAUUUGCACCACCAUAUCAAUAACAACAAUAAUAAGGACUCUAACCAUAACCUCCUCUUCAAACUGCUUCACAAACACAAAGACCAACAGUAGUUGAUCCACCUCCCCCUCCACCUCCUCCCCCUACCUAAUAACCUUAUUAUUAAUAACCAUAACUAUAAUAGCCAGUAAUAUAAUAACCACCUCCAUAAUAGUAAAUUCAACCUCCUUAAACUCUUUAAGAAUAAUUAAAUUAGUUAAUUUUACAAAAAAGAGAACAAAAUCAGCCAUAAUAAUAACCAAAUUAACAAUAAUAAUAGAUUCCAAUCCCUUAAACUAAUCUCUAAUAAUAACCAUAAUAAUAAUAAUAUUUGGAAAAUCCUUAAUAGAGAAACUCCCAAUAACCAUAAAAAGUAUUUUAACCACCCUCUGUUAUUGGAGCACCCUCUUAUGCGUAAAAAAAGGAUAAAAUAGUAGGCUUAUUUGAAGAGGAUGAUGAUGAUGAUGAUAAUGAUGGUGGAUUAUUUAAAUCAACAUCAACAAAUAAAUAAAAAUUCAAUAACUUACUUACUGAUGGAGUUGCAAAACAAGAUGAAAUUAAAAAACCAGUAGCAAUUGUUGUUAAAGAAGAAGAAGAUACAGAUUUAAUCCCUUAGCCUAGAGUACAAAGUAUUAAGCCACCUCCAAAAAAACAACUUUUUGAUGAAACAGAAGAAGAAAAUCUUUAAAAGGCAAAUGCAGAUAAAAUAGCUGCAAUGUAUACAUAAUAAUAACAAAAGCAGCAGUAAUAAUAAUAAUAAUAAUAAUAAUAAUAAUAAUAAUAAUAAUAAUAAUAAUAAUAAUAAUAAUAAUAAUAAUAAUAAUAAUAAUAAUAAUAACAAUAAUAAUAAUAAUAAUAAGUAAUUCCUCCUAAAAGAAAUGUUUUCUAAGAUUCAGAUGAUGAAAAAAAAUAAUAACCUUAAGUUACUGCUAAACCAACUUAAUAAUUAACUGUUCCUGCUACUGAAGAACCACCUGUUAGACCUUCAAUUUAAUAACUAUAAAAUAAAUUAAACUUGAAUAUGUUUAUGAAACCUCCUGGAGAAUAAGUAACUAUGAAAGACAUAAAAAAAAAUGAAAGAGAAAAUGAAUCAGAAUUUGUAGAAUAACAAGCAGAAAGACCAGUUGUGUAAAAGAAGAAAGCAAGAGGAAAAUAAGCAAUUGAUUUUGAUGAUGACGAUUCUAAAAAGAAAUCUACUAAACCUACUUUUGUUAUAAAGGAGAAAACAUAAUAAACUUAGAAAGCUGAAGCAGUAAUCGAUAGAACAUCUUAUAGAGAAUCAAUUAAAUUAAAUAAAUUAAAUGAUUUUGAGGUUCCAAUAACAUUGGAAGUGAAAACAGAAAAGAAAGAUAUAUAAGUUACAAUAGCUCCACCAACAUAAUAAUUACCUAGUUUAACAUCCAAUAAGCCAAGUUAAUAAUAAGAUCCUUUAAAAGUUAUAGGUAAAGAAUUCGAAUAGAAGUAAUCAAUUAUUACAUAAUUUAUAGAGGUUUACCAAAUUUCUUUAGUGAUCCACUAGGAGGAGGAGGAAAGAAACAAUAAUAGCCAGUAUAGAUAGGAAAUUUACCAGGUUUUGGAGGUAAGUAUUGAAUAUAGAUAAUAGGUAAAUCAAAUACUUAGACUACUAAUGUUUAAGUAACAGUAACUCCAACAAUAUCUAAACCAUAAAGAAAGAAUAUGUUUAGUGAUGAUGAAGAAGAGUAAGUCACUAAAUUACCAAUGCCAGGUCAAAGAGUUGAGUAAAAUUAAAUUAUUAUAGUUGACCUCCUAAACCAGUUAUUUAACAAUAAUAAUAAAUUGUUCCUCCUUCAUAGAAACCAUAAAUAAAGAAAAAUGUGUUUGAUGAUGAAUCAGAAGAAGAUUUGAAACCGCCUCCAAGACCUCAAGUUUAAUAGUAACAAAUCAAACCUUCUGAACCAGUAAAGAAACCUGAAGCUCCAAAACCAACACCUGCUCAAUAAAGGAAUUAAAGAAUGCAAAGAGCAUUAUUUGAAGAUUCUGAUUG